GGUGAUUGAAGUAUUAGUUGAGUUAGUAACCAUGUGGCUUGAAUGUCUCUGUGUAAUGAUGUGUUUGAAUCCUGUUUGCGGAUGGUUGCUAAAAAUAUUUGAAGCCCAGGACGGCUCUAUCUCAACUGUGACUCUCAUCGAUGGAGAUGGUGGGCCGCCCAUCCCUAAUCGUACUCGAUGCGUCCAAGUCAGCUUACCAGAUAACUCAAAUGCCCCUAAAAGUUACGGUAGUUGUUCCACAUUGUGGGACUGGAGCAACUGCAGUAUUGACUUUGAAGCCUCGUCAUCAAUGUCGUCCGAGUAUUGUUCUCCGGCCCUGAAAGAGAUAAGAUGUCGUCAACAAAAUGGGUUCUUCAACUUUUGUGGAAGAAAAGUCUGCACAGAUCCUCGUGAUGGGAGUUGGGGAAGCUGGUCACCCGAGGUUUGCAAUGUUCAAACUUGCGGAAGUGGGCAGGUGGUUCGCACUCGUAAAUGUGACAACCCUGUUCAACAGAUUGGUGGAUUGCCUUGUUUGAGCUCCAAUUCAGAUACCGAAACUGAAACUAUCAAAGCCUGUGACAUAGAUUGCAAGGGUAACAGACAUGCCGAGUAAUGUCUCACACACACAAAACUAACUUAUUUCUUUGACUUAUGUGGAAACGGAAGUUUGCAAUCUUUUGCUAUUAUUUAAAAUACUCAA